GUGGCAGCGGUGAAUGGUGAGAGAUAAUCCUCCGCUCUACCACACAGACACACAACAGGGCUGAGCUGUCUCUGGAUCUGGAUGCGGGCAUCCUUGGAUUCUGCUCUUAGCAAGGGCCCACUGCACGAAAACUUAACGGGACAACAAUGGUGUACGCCUCGGCGACUAAAUCCGUGGCUGCUGGUCGUUUAGGGGACCGGGGAUUGUGGUCAAUGUGACAUUCACUAGCACGCUGGUGUUGAGUUUAUUGUUCUGGUCCUAGACGCUGAGCAGCGAUUCUUCUGAGAAGAUGUUGAGCCGAUUCAUGAGUGGCAGCAUCAGGAAUCUUGAGCGGGAAUACAGCUGUACCGUCAGACUGCUGGAUGAUACGGAAUAUACGUGCACCAUUCAGCGGGAUGCAAAGGGACAGUAUCUGUUUGACCUCAUCUGCCACCAUCUCAACUUGCUGGAGAAAGACUAUUUUGGCAUCAGAUAUGUGGAUCCAGACAAGCAGCGGCACUGGUUGGAGUUCUCAAAAUCAAUUGCAAAGCAAAUGAAAUCUCAACCUCCAUUCACCAUGUGUCUGAGAGUCAAGUUCUACCCUCCUGAACCCGCUUCUCUAAAGGAGGAAAUCACUCGAUAUCUUGUCUUCCUGCAAAUCAAGAGAGACCUCUACCACGGUCGGCUCCUGUGUAAAACCUCGGACGCGGCCAUGCUCGCUGCCCACAUCCUUCAAGCUGAGAUUGGUAAUUACGACCCUGGGAAGCAUCCUGAAGGUUACAGCUCCAAAUUUCAGUUCUUCCCUAAACAUUCGGAGAAGUUGGAGCGCCGGAUUUCAGACAUACACAAGACAGAGCUGAUUGGACAGACACCUGAAACAUCGGAGCGAAAUUUCCUGCAGAAAGCCCAGAUGCUGGAGACAUAUGGUGUUGAUCCACAUCCAUGCAAGGAUGUGUCCGGGAACCCAGCUUUCCUCGCCUUCACACCAUUUGGUUUUGUGGUGCUUCAGGGAAACAGGAGAGUUCAUUUUCUUAAAUGGAACGAAGUGACCAAACUGAAGUUCGAAGGCAAGACCUUCCACGUACAUGCAAAUCAGAGGGAGGACAAAAAGAUCAUCUUGACAUACUUUGCGCCCACACCGGAGGCAUGCAAGCACCUUUGGAAGUGUGGAGUGGAGAACCAAGCUUUCUAUAAGCUUGAGAAGUCGAGUCAGGUUCGAACGGUGUCCAGCAGCAACUUGUUCUUCAAGGGCAGCCGUUUCCGUUACAGUGGUCGAGUGGCAAAAGAGGUGAUGGAGCAGAGUGCCAAAAUCAAACGCGAACCUCCAGAAAUACACAGAGCUGGCCUCGUGCCCAGCAGAAGUUGUCCAUCCAUCACACACGGGCCUCGCCUAACCAGUGUGCCGCGCACGCGUCGGAGAGCUGUGCACAUAUCUAUCAUGGAGGGUCUGGAGUCAUUGCGUGACAGUGCCCACUCUACACCGGUGCGUUCAGUGUCCCAUGGGGACUGCUUCAUGCCACGCUCCCGGAGCCAGGCCACGGACGCCAGUGAGAGGACUGCGGUGAUCUCAGACGAGGCCUACAGCCCGUCUGACAGCGUCCUGCCCACCCCGGUGGCCGAGCACAGCAUGGAGCUGGCUGUCUCACGCCAGAUCAACGGGGCGCCCUGCAGCAUCGAGGAGGAGAAGGAGUCGGAGGCGGGCACCCCGAUGCGCGGGGAAGGGGGGGAUUUUGGUGCAGAGGAGGGUGCAGGGGGGGACUCGGCCCUCAGCGAGGUGGAACAGGUGAAUAAAUUUGUCUUAAGUGUCCUCCGUUUGCUCCUUGUGACCAUUGGACUCCUCUUUGUCUUGCUCCUCCUCCUCAUCAUCCUCACCGAGUCAGACCUUGACAUUGCAUUUUUACGUGAUAUCCGCCAGACCCCCGAAUUUGAGCAGUUCCAUUACGAAUACUUUUGUCCCCUCAGGCGGUGGUUUGCCUGCAAGCUCCGCUGGGUGGGCGGGUUGCUCAUUAACAAGUGAGAGUGAGGUCGUAGAGUUCGUAAGCCCGUUCAGGGGUCUGAGAUGACGGUUUAGGACUCCGGAGUGAUGGAGGGCAGCCUCGUCCCAACCAUGAACCCUGCUUGUCUCAUCGUCCUCCUGCAGACAUACAGCUUGGACCACUCCUGGUAACACCGGGCCUGAUCUCUCUUCCCCUCCUCCACUUUGAGUUAACCCCCCCUACCCACCCAACCACCUCCUCGUUUCGCUUGUUUUUUUCUUCUUCUUUUUCUACAAAGCCUAAGGACUUUUUGUUUUUGCAUUUUUUUUUUAAUUUCAAUUCAUUUCAGGUAUUUUAUUUUUUCAAAUAACACAAAGGAAAAAAAUUAAAACAGAAAUCAAAGAACUUUUUACAGGAAGAUUUUGUUGCAACGGAUGAACGUUGCCUUCAUUUAUUAUUUAUUGCUUUUAAACAUGUAUUUGCAUAAGGAAAGGAGAAAAGAUGAACAGCAAUCGAGAAGUUGAUUUGUCAUUAAAAUGAAGAUGGAGGUUAGUUUUGUUAAGAGUUGAUAGGCCUACUGCUGUGAAGUAUAUGUGAGGCAAAGUAGUAUAAUAUCUUUCGAUAUUGGUUCAUCCCCAUCAGAAGUCAACUAGACAAACGUCAGAUUCAGUAAAAGCAGAACAAUCUGAAGGGAAUAAAACUGAUAGCAGGCAGGGUGAUUACCAAAUGCCUUUUUCAAGAAUAAGGCACCAAGCUACAGAAAAGGUUGAUUUGUGGAUUGUGUACAAAGUAAACUGAUGAAGAACAACGUUGUAUUUCUAACAUUUUAUAGGGAUACCGUCAAAUAAACCAGUUUAUAUUCCUGAAGAGCAAAGAUUCGCUGGCACCAAUAGAUAAGUCUAGAUAGAUGUGCAAUGCUCAUAUGGUUUUAAUAAUGAAGUACUUUUGAAUGUGCUCAUUUGUUCAGUUGUUCUGUUAUUUCUCCAUUUAAUUUGAUUUGCAUUUUUCUCAUCAAGUUGAAAUUCGAUGAAUUUCAAUAAUUUCUUUGUAUGAAGAGUUUAUGAUUUAUUUUGGUUUCAUAUCAACCUUGCACUUAGGUUUAUGUAUCAUACUAUAUUAUUAUUAGAAUAAGAAUAAUGAUGUACUUUUUGUACAAAUUAGUUUGUUCUAGUAGUUUUCCUAAUAUAUAUUGACAGGUUUUCCAUGUAUAUUUUAACAGAACUGAAAUGUUAUUUUGUUAUUGAAGAUUAAAUUAUACCUUUUUUAGCGCUGUGUUUCAAGUAAGGUCAGAAGCAUUUAUGGAAAUGUGGAAGUGGGGACUAAAAAAACAAGGUUUUUAUCCAGAUCCAUUCAACACUGAUCACACCUCUCAUCAGUCCACCAGCAGUGAAUCAGCCUUCAGUGUGCGCAUCAUUUUAAUGAUAGUGUUAAUGAACAUGUAUUUGUACAAGAACCAAAUAAUCCAAAAGCACAUUUUCACCUUUCAUAAUAUUUACUAUAUACUUUACCAUAUCUCAUUUUACUAUAAGAGUUUGGAGAGGUGACUGUGAGCCUGACUGAUACUGGGUCUUAUCACUUGAUCCUUGAACCAUGGUCUAUCCUCACACUGAAAUUCAUUUAAAAAAGUAAUAAAACAGAACUAAGGCUGAAACAAUUCGUUAAUCGAUUGAUAGAAAAUUAAUUGGCAGCUUUUUUAAUAAUUAGUAGCCAUAUUUCAAGCAAAAUGGCAAAUAUUUUCUGGUUUCAGCAGAAUUUCUCUGUUUCAUAUCAUUGUAAAUUGAAUAUAUUUGGGUUGGAGAGUGGUAAAAACAGAUAAAAAAAAAAAGUUGGCCUAUUUUGAAUAUGUCACCUUGGGUUCUAAGAAAUCCUAAUGGAUUUCUUUAACUAUUUUCUGACAUUUUAUUGACCCAACAAUGAAUGUAUUCAUCUAGAAAAUAAUGGGCAGAUUAAUCAAUAACGAAAAUAAGUGUUUGCUGCAGCCCUAAACAAAACAUUUUUCAUUAAUAAAUGAAGAAUUAAAGGGGACCGGAAACACACCCUCUUUGGUGGAGGUAACCUUAUGCACUUUGCUUGCACACAAAUCUUUUUAAUUACGUACUUUAGUUAUUUCCUUACAUUAAUUUCCACAUCACCCAAAAUAGAAGCAGACACAAAUAUUUCUGUGAAAAGCUGAUAUUGGCGAAUAAUACCUGUCCUUAGAUUUGUCUGUCAGGCUCGAGACUCUUCGGUCUCACAGCUCCAGGAAGCAAUAACUGCCACGGCUGCUGGAUUCUGGGUAAAAUCUGUUUUUUGUAUUGCGUGUAUACCUCCUGCACCAAGUGCAGGUGUAAGUGUUACUGUGUCUGUAUGUAGGAAUGGAAAUGAGAUUAAAGGUUGUAGCAGUGAAGGAUUAGACGGAGAGGUAAAAAAGUAAUUUUAAAAAAACUUUUGCAAAAGGCGAGAAGGACUUAGUGGAAGGAAAAGAGAAAGGAAAUACAAUGAGAAAGAGGUAGAGAAGACUGAAGAAUAUCAGAGUCCUUCAAGAGGUUUUUGAAAGUGGGAUUUAAAAAACAAAUUGGGAAUGUAAAUGUCACUUGGUGACUCACCACUUCAAUGGCUGCACGGGGUUGCUUGUUUUUUGGCCUGCUAAUUUAAACGUCACACUCUCAUACCAACACCUGCAGCUGCUCCACUAAAGGCCCGAUGGUGCUACCUUCUUUGUUUGCUGUAUUGCUGUAUGUGUAAUCCGAGCGUGUCAGGCCUUGGCUUAAUUUUAGUCCUGACCAUAGAGUAGCAUGCACUUUGGCGUUGUGGCUGGAUCCACUCCUGAAGCUCAUUAUCCUUCACUAGUUAUCUGUGGUGGAGGGAGCACCACUGAUAUUUCUUAGCGCAAUGCUAGAGGGAAUGCCAAAUCAUUAGAGCUACCUUGGCAAGAAACCUGUCAUAUAUGCAGUGUAGGAGCUUAUUUAUGUCAAGAUAAUAAUUUGUAACUCGGAUACAACCAGUAAAUGGCGAUGCAAAGAUGAAGACAUUUUUUCCUAACAGGGGUUGGAGCAGGGUGGGUGGGUUGACUUUUUUUUUUGUACAUUCAUACUUCAUAUUUAUUACUUCUUUACUGACCUAAAGAUCAACAUGACCGACCAGUGCAGCCGGGCUGAGUUGUUAGCAGGACAUCUUUUAAAGGUCAGUCUGCAAAGGUGUUUCUCAUACAUCUAUCAGCAUUAUGUAGCUUCAGUGGUCUCUCUGAACAUGCAACAAUAAAAAAAGGCAGCAUUAUUCAAGGAGCAAUAAUCAGCUGUAAGAGCAAAAAUAUGUGAUUUACAAACUUGUGUAUGAAAAUCCAACGAUGAGUAAGUCAAAUAUGUCCUUUCUGUUUCUAGAAAACCACUUACCAAAUUGCUGUUGUGCUGACUCUAACAAUCAUGUGACCACUGAGACACUUACUGUUGCAUUCAUAUAUAACAUUUUAUAAAAAGAAAAAAUAGAUUUUUCCUUAGAGACCUCUGGAUAUUUGUUCUGCUGUUUUCUUUGCUGCUUUAUUGUUAAGUGACAGAUUGUUCCCUGUGCCUGGAUCCUAACUCUGCAGUUUACCAAAGUGACAAAGAUGAAGGAAUGGAGAACGAAAGACACAACAUCCCUAACAACUGUACUACAGACUACUCCAUCCUUAAAUCUCCCAGGCCAAGCAGGAAAAACAGUUGUUUGUAAUGUACUGGGCACCCCGAAGUCUGUCUUAAUUUGUCUUUACAGGUUUCCUGUGACAAACCUGACUUUAAUUUUACAUUUCAUUUGCUGUGUCAUGUUUACAUAUUUUGCAGUUCUUUUACGUCAUGGGAAAUGGCUGCAGUUUUGGCAAGAUGUGUGACUUUGGAUGAACUUUUGAUGUGAUUGUCAUCCAUGGUUUACAAAUCAGUAACAGCCUGUCCAUUCUUAAAAAGCAGCAGUGAAGGUACAGCCAUGCAAAUACAGUGUGGUGCAUUGGAAGAUGAAGCAUUGAUUUUUGUUUAAAUUUAAUAUACAGGGGGUGGACUCAAUAACAGAAACACCCACAUGAUAUAAUGUAACAACCAAGCAACAAAAUCUACCAUUUGUGAAACUUAUAUUGUUAUUAAGGGGUGGUCAAAGGGAUGUUAAGGGUCAUUUCUGAGGUGGUACUUUGUGGUGCUUUUGUACUGGACUGAACUUUACUGUGAGGUGUUUUUGUUGUUUUGUCUACGCCCUGUAUCUUGCUACAUAUUUUCAACCAUCAUCAGAUGUCUUAAUAAAAGUCUCACAAACCAAUAUAUGUAUGACAUAAUCAAUUAAGUUAAUAAGUUUAAAAAAUUGUUAUUGGCUGUCCUUUAAAUACGUUUUUUUAAAAGGUUUAUGUUAUUUAUGUGAUGAAAAAGAAUUACAUAUCCAGUUUAGAUGAUCAAAUCAAGUGAUUUAUACACAAUCGGCUACCUAAGUUUAAUUCCUGGCCAAAAUCCCUGUCACAUUAAUAUGGAUGAUGCAUGUAGAACUGAGGAGUUGAGAAAUUAAAGUAGUCAUAACCGAAGACACCUUGAUGUGCUUUUUUGGCUCUCUGUCAGCUCCCAGUCGGCAGACACUCCCACAGCUGUGCAUACACGUCAGUAAGUGUAUAUGCAUCCAUGUCUGGUGGCGUGUUAUGUAGUCUGCAAGGUUCUAUCAUGGGGAUUGGAGAUUGCUGUUUAAUUACAUUAUAUAUACAAGUAUAUAUAUAUAUAUAAAUCCAUGUGCCAAAUCCAGUUCUUGUUCAGUCUGAUCCAUUCCGAACCCAUGUUUUUACUGUAAACUUCUGUACAAGUCAGUAUAAAAUAUUGUUUCUCUCCAAUAGUCCCUUGUAACUGGUGCCAUUGAAUAAAACUAUUCAAACUUGAAAUAAACAUUGAAUAAAAAUGUGA